UUUUAUCACAUUUAACAAAUAGAUCACAUUGCCACCAACAAAAAGCAAACAAAAAAGUUUAUAUCCCAAGACAAACCUGGUAAACAAAGAAUAGCAGCUUAACUACCAACUGCAGAAAAGCAGUUUUUCCUCUCUAAUUUCACAGCCAUGUUAGACAGAAUGCAUUUAUUAUUCUGAUUUGUGUUUUGUUAUAUUACUCAGCUCUACUUGCCGCUAAAGAAUAGCAAAGAGGAUCAAAAAACUUCUAACAAAGAUGCAAAAUUAAAGGUGAGGAGUUUUGGAUUUCUUUCCCAAUAUUCUUCAGUGAUUUCUAAUUCAAGUACUGUUGUUGGUACAGUGAUUCUUUAUGAAAGAAUUUGUGAAAUAAUGUGAUCCUGCUCUGCUGCUCCAUAGUCAGGUUCAACUUCAAAUGAUAACUGAAGCCAUUUUUUGAGAAGUUACUCAUAUGAUUAUGUAUUCAAAUAGCUUGUUUACAAAUCCAUAUGCCAUAGACGUUCUAAAGACAAAAAAGGAGGAACUGGUAGAAGGCAUAAACAACCCAGACCAUCUUCUUAAUUGGCUGAUAAACAAUGGUAUUUUUACCCCAGAGAAAAAAAUGGUUAUGUCCUAUUACAGAACACGAAUAGCAAAGAACUCCCGGGUUUUGGAUAGCCUGAUUUCUCAAGAUGAGCGAGCUUGCAGGCUAUUUUUUUAUCCAUGUCUAAAACAAUUGGAGCCAAAUCUAUAUAACAGUGUAAAAAAAUAUGUCAGUGAUGUCAAUGAAAGUACUGGAGAUACUAGAAGACAAUUGGUAGGUUAUCUACUUGAAAAUGACAGGGAAUGGACUGAAACAAUCACUGAACAACACCAGGAGAAGAAAAAUAUUCCGAGACAAAUUUUAUCAAAGCACAAAAGAGCACUUAAAGAGAAAGUUAAACAAACACCAAAUUUACUUGCAGGAAAACUCAAGAAAGACUAUUCUAAGGCUGUUAGUAUCUUUGAUGCAGCUACUAAAGGUGAUCUUCCUGAUCUCAAGAAUGUAUUGAAGAAGAAUGAUAUUAAUGCAGUAAACUCUUCAAAUGAAACACUUCUGCAUAUUGCAGCUGCUAAUGGCCAUGCCACAAUAAUUGAAUAUUUAAUUAACAAAGGUGCUGAAUUAGAUGUAAAGGACAAAAAAGGAAGAACACCACUGCACAGGGCUCCUGAAAAAGGCCAGGAUGAUGCAGUGGAUGUGCUUCUCCAAGCUGGUACCUACAUAUACAGUUUGGAUAAAGAAGCUAAGACCCCACUUCAUUUGGCUGCUCAGAAUGACCACAUUCACAUACUGAAGAGGAUCCUGAAAGAAGAAGUAAGAUGCUACAAGAACCGGCAAAACUUCUUACACAUGGCAGCCCUCAAAGAUGAGAGCAAUCUGGCACAAAUGCUUUUAAAGAAUGGUGCCACAGUUGAUGCAAAGGAUGAGAAGGGACAGACUGCUUUGGGUUAUGCCAUUUCCCAGGGAUCUGAGAAAACCGUAAAGGUAUUGCUAGAAGCAGGAGCCAGUAUUGACUGGUACAUCAUCGAUGUAGCCUGCAACAAAAACAAACAAUCCAUAUUAAAAAUGCUGUUGGAAUAUUCUAAAGGGCUGUCCCCUGACACGAUGGAGUCAGCUCUGUUUAAAGCUGUACAGAAGAACCUGCACGGCAUUGUCGUAGCUUUACUAGACAAAGGCACAGAUAUAAAUGCCCACAAUGAAAUGCAAUACACACCUUUACUCAUGGCAUGUGAAAUGGGUAAAACAGAGACUGCAGAAGUUCUCAUUGUAAAGGGAGCUAGUUUGGAGGAGAAGAUGCCCAACUCAAACACAGUUUUACACUUGGCAGUUCAAACUGGUGCAGUCUCCAUUACAAAUCUGCUUCUCCGCAAAGGAAUGAAUGCUAAUAUCACAAGCCAGGGAAAGCAAACCCCACUCCAUGUUGCUGCACUUCACAAUAAGGAAUCAAUAGUUGACAUUUUAAUCAAUGCUGGGGCCAAAAUUAAUGCUGUCACUAAGGAAUUAGUCACUCCCUUGCAUAUUGCAAGCCAAAGAGGUAAUGUUGAUGUGGCUCCACAGCUGCUACACCACCAAGCCAAUGUUAAUGUAAAAGAUAAGCACUCAAAGACACCCUUACAUCUUGCUGCCGAACAGGGAGAUCAUGAAAUGGUGCAGCUGCUUCUUAGUUUUAAGGCUGAUCCUAAUGCAAUGGACAAGGAGAAAAAGACCCCACUUCACACUGCAGCUAUGGGAGGUCAUCUCAAUAUAGUGAAAGUUCUCUUAGCCCAGAAGGCCAGAUUUGGAGUUAAAGAUAUGGAUGGCUGCACACCAAUGCACUAUGCGAUCAUCAAAGGAAAUGCAGAAAUAGUACAGAUCCUUUUGACAGCAGGGAAGAAUAAAAAUAUUGAUGAUAAAAAUAUUUGGAGAAAGACUCCACUGCAUCUUGCAGCAGAACAUGGACACAGUGACUUGAUUAAUUUGUUGUUGAGCAAUGGAUCGGCCAUUAAUGCUUUAGACAACAACAAGGAUACCCCAUUGCACUGUGCUUGCAAGGCUGGUCAUUUUAACUCUGUAAACUUACUUGUCAGCUGGUCUCACAGAGAAAAAGCAAAUUUACACGCCACUAAUAGUGUCAAAAAGACUCCACUGCAAGUAGCAGAAUGUAGUGCAACUGAUAGUCAAGCUCAGGCUAACAUGUUCUAG